AUGAAGCUCAUCUCUCUUGCCCUUGCCGCUCUGGCUGCCACCACUGUGCAAGCUGCUGCCCUGCAAAGAUGGUGUUACCUCCCUGGCCAGCCGUGCACCAUGAUCAAACGCGCGGCCGAUGCUAGCGGAGAAGUCAAGCGCUCAGCCGAUGCCUUGGCCGAAGCUAUUGCCGAGGCCACCCCCGAAACCUUGCAGAAGUGGUGCUAUCUUCCCGGCCAGCCAUGCACCAAAAUCAAGCGGGCUGUCGAGGCCGGCAGUGAAGUCAAGCGCUCCGCCGAUGCUUUUGCAGAGGCUAUGGCAGCUAUCAACGAGGAAGAUUUCCAAUAG